AUGGCGGAACCUGCUGGGGUGAACAUAACGUCUUCCCGCCAGCUGUGUCCUGACAUCCAACUGUCCUACCCCAACGCCGUGCAAGAGUGCUACGCCUCGAGAAGCACCACCGGCUAUUCCGUCUACGUCAUUCCCUUUAACACCAGCUGCGACAGCUUCCUGCUGCUUCCCGCGGAGCAGCUAUGGAGUCCGGCGGUGCGGUCCGCGUGGUACCUGGCGGGAAUGCUGUACUGCUUCGUGGGGCUCGCCGCCAUCGUGCGCGUCUUCAUGGCGGCCCUCGACCGCAUCUCCAGCACGUACGCCAUGGUGAGUCGGCGCGACCCUGAGACGGGCAGGGAGGAGCGGCGGAUGGAGAAGGUGUGGAACAGCACGGUGGUGAACAUCGCUCUCAUGGCUCUCGGCACCUCCGCGCCUGAAAUCGUCAUCGCUGUUGUCGACGCCCUCAAGCACCUCAACCAGGGGCCUGGCGUGCUGGGAGCGGGCACGGUGCUGGGAUCAGCAGCGUUCAACCUAAUGGUCAUCUCGGCCGUCUGUGUGGUCACGCCGCCCGCCCAUUCCAUCAAGCGCAUCCAGGCUGUUGGCGUCUUCCUUCUGGAGCUCGCAGCCAGCACGUGGGCUUACAUCUGGAUUCUCCUAGUGCUCAAGGUCAUUUCCCCCGGCCGCGUAACCAUACUGGAGGCAUGUAUCACGCUGCUCUUCUUCCCCCUCUUCAUCCUCCUCGCGUACGCGCAAGACCAGCACUGGCAGCACUUGCAACAGUGGGGGAUGCCCCUGCCCUUCCUGCCCCGCCCCACCCCCCGCGCGCCCCGUCGCGGCUCCCUCACUCGCUUCAAGAACUGGGGCAGCAGGGAGGCGCUCAUAGGUUCCUCUGCUGCUCACGGCGCCAGUAUGCCUGCUGCUGCUGGUGGGAGUGCGUUUGAAGUUGGUGCGUGGUGGCGUGCGCUGUGGGGGGGCUAUGGAAGCACAGCAGUGGGUGCGGCGGGAGGGAGAGGAGGGGAAGGGGUGGGGAAGAGCAGCAAUGAUGGUUCGGGAGCGGUGCUGGGGGCUCAGGGAGAGGUGGAAAUGCAGAGAGGGGCUGAAGUGGCAAGCAUGAGCAUUGCGGUGGGGGGUGUGGAGGAGGGGGCAGGGGAGCGGCAGGCGGUAGAGGGGGUUGAGCAGAGGUCGCAUGGGAGCUCGGAUUUGAGUGACUGGGAGGACGUGGGGCGGAUGGAACAUGAGCAGCAGCAGCAGCAACAACAACAUGAGGAAGCAUCAGAUAACAUUUCUGUGGAGCCAGCAGCAGCUGAGGAAGGGAGAGUUGAAGCAGGGCGCAGGUCUGUCUCCCUCAAUGCACCGCCGGCAGCGCCUCAAAGGUCCAGCAGUAGCAACCUGAGGCGCCGGUCAGCUGCUGGGAUCUCCGCUGCUGCUGCCAUGCAGCACGACUCCCCCGAUCCCUCUCUCUCGCGCCGCCUGGGGCAGCAUCUGUGGCUGCGCUCGCAGCUCCCAGGCCUCACCCACUCUCCUGCUCCUGCCGUCCGCGCGACGCCCCUUGCCUCGCCAGCACCACUCAUUCUUGAACCACUGCAGCAGCAGCAACUGAGGCAGCAACAGCUGCAGCAAGAGGAGGAGCGGUGGGAGGAAGAGGAGAAAGCAGAAGGGCAUGCGAGGGGAGGGAGGGCGGCUGGGCAUGGGCGAGUGGGGCUGGUUGCUGCAGACGAUGGGCGUGCUGUGGAUCUGUUACAAGAGCAGUGGACGCUGCUAGUGCGGUCGGGAGAGAGGGAAGUGUGCCGGUACGAGCACACCCCGGCAAGCACCAGCGGAGCCAGCAGCAGUGCAGCAAGCUGCGUCACUUCUCCGGUCCAAGCCCUCACCUUCCAGGUGGCCACUGCAGAAGCGCAGCAUCUUCAAUUGGUACUGACCGCUCCUCACUGUUCUCACUUCUUGAGCAACAGCAGCUGCACGCAUGCACGACAACUGUCCACAUCAAACCCUCAUGCCACGUCACCAUCCCUGCAGUCUAGCUCACCAGCAUCUGCUGAUGCUGGCAACGCAUCUGCGGCCGUCACAGACCGCUCCUUACAAUCACAAUCACCUUGGUUCACGGCAGUUGCUUUACUGGAACCCCUUUUGGAACAGUCACACACUGCGUACACGUGUUCAUUGCUCUUUGAGAACGCAAGUGGGGCAGGGAGGAGCCGGGGUUGUGGGGCGGAAGGGUGCUGCGUGGAGGGAGAAGUGAGAGCAGAGCUACACGUGGGAGUGCGAAUAGAAGCAGGGGAGGGAAUCAAGCUGGUGGAAGUGACAGUUACUGUGCUGAGUCUGCGCUUUGCACUGCAGAAACAACAUGGAAAUUUGGGGCUGGGUGGACUGAGCACAUGCAGAGAACCGACCUCAUCUGCCCUAUCAAGCAGUCUGGGGUUGGGGGAGGCUUGGCUGCAGCAGAUAGAGAAGGCAAUUUCGGUAUGCCGUCCCACCCAGCUCUGUCAUCAUUUCACUGAGUCUAUCUUUUACCUAACUGCCUGUUUGGCGUUCGGUAUCUCUCAGGUCCCGCUGCCAGGUCACGAGAGGGACGUGUCACUGCUGGGCCUUGGAAUCCACUUCGUUUCCUUCUAUUGGAAGCUCCUUUUCUCACUCAUCCCUCCGCCCUCCCUCAUGCGUGGCUGGCCAGCCUUCAUCCUCUGUCUCUGCUUCAUGGCUGGCAUUUCUUUUCUGAUUGAGGAGUUUGCAAGGCUGUUUGCGUGCACAUCUGGCCUGCACCUCUUCUCGGUUGCCAUUGUCUUCGUGGCUAGUGGAACCUCUGUGCCUGACCUCCUCGCAAGCAGGACGGCUGCCAGACUUUCACCAUCUGCUGACGUGGCCAUCGCGAACAUCAUGGGCUCAAAUGCUGUGAAUGUCUUUGUGGGUUUUGGGCUGGCAUGGCUGAUCAAGGCAGGUUAUGAGAAGGCAGUUUCUGGUGAUUCGUUAUUCGUCCCAGAUGUGUUAAAUCUGGAGGUUUCGGUUAUAGCUUUCUUGUGCACCACAGUAGUAUUUGUUAUCAUCAUGGGCUUGAGGCGUAACCUCACCGGUGGAGAACUUGGGGGUGCUAGGGGAUGGGCUUGCUGUGAUGUGUCAGCGUUAUUAAGGAUUGCUACAUAG